CUAGCUGGUUGUACUUCCGGUGCUAAAGGUCAACUCGUCUGGAAGAAGCAGCGGUCUAAGAAAAUCCAUCAAAACCGACAGAAAAAGGCGGCUGAAAGCAUGUCUCACACCAUCCUGCUGGUGCAGCCCACCAAGAGGCCCGAGGGGAGGACGUACGCCGACUAUGAGUCCGUCAACGAGUGUAUGGAAGGUGUGUGUAAGAUGUAUGAGGAGCAUUUAAAGAGAAUGAACCCCAACAGUCCGUCGAUAACGUACGACAUCAGCCAGCUGUUCGACUUCAUCGAUGACCUGGCUGACCUCAGCUGCUUGGUGUAUCGCGCCGACACGCAGACGUACCAGCCGUACAACAAGGACUGGAUCAAAGAGAAGAUCUACGUCCUGCUCCGCCGUCAGGCUCAGCAGGCGGCCAAGUGAAGCUCCAGGAGGGGAGUCGGGGGGGGUCGAUGUUAUUUUUACCAUCCGUAACGUGUGUUUCAAAGGUUCCAGUAACUUGUUUUCAGAAGUUUUUGACAAAGAUUUUUUUUCCUUUUCUCAUGUGGGGUGAAGUGUAUUUUGUAUUUUAAUGCUUGACUUAUUAAUAAAGAUUCCUUUUAAGUAACAAACA